AUGGGUUGGGUUGCCAAUGCAACUCCCGAGGUUGACGCCCAGUCACAAUGGGCGACCAUACUGGCGGUGUGCAUUGUCUUAUCGGUGCUUUCCAUAGCCACAGUUUCUUGUCGGCUCUGGAUCAGAGGCACGGCUCGUGGUCUUGCUGGAGAUGACUACAUGUCGGGCUUGUCCAUGAUUUUCGCCUUCAUCUAUUCAAUUCUCUGCAUUGUCCAAACCAAAUACGGCCUGGGGCUGCCUCUCAAACUUCGACCCAAGGCAAACAUCGGUCCCUAUUCACAGGUCAACUUUGCCGGCCGCCCCAUCUAUCAGAUCGGCAUCAGCUUCUUCAAAAUUGCUCUCCUCAUCAGCUACCUGCGCUUGCUUCAAGGUACGGACCGCAAGGUCUACCGGAUGGUGGUUUGGACCACCAUCGUCAUUGUCUUUCUAGCGCACCUGGGAUGCACCCUAUCCUUGGUGUUUGCCUGCACUCCUGUUGAAAAGUCAUGGAAGCCGUGGGUGGCGGGAUCCUGUCUGCAGCCAGGCCCUUCCUUCACCGGCUACGCCGUUGUCACGAUUGUGUCGGACGUUGUCGUGGCUGUAUUGCCCAUUCCCGUGCUCCUGAAGCUCAAUGUGCGGCCGGAAAAGAAACUGGGCCUCAUUGGCAUCUUCAUGCUGGGUCUCUUCACCACGCUCUGCUCCAUCAUGCGAUACGUACAGAUUGACCGAAUCCAGAACGGCGACGGCAACUCGACCAUGCUGGUCCUCUGGGGAACCAUUGAAUUCAAUGUCGGCAACAUGGUUUCAUCACUCCCGUUCCUGGCACCAGUCUGCAUGAAGAAGGCCAGAGACUACAGAUCCAAGUACUCUGGUGGCUCCAACAGCGGCCCGAGUCGCAGCCGAGGACUACGAAACGGGGAGCGCUACAAGCUCAGCGACAGAAGCCACGACAAGAGCGCAUUUGUAUCGGCAAACAAGUCUGGCAGCGAGGAGAAUAUCCUCGACAAUGGCGCCAUUUUGAAAUCAGUCACAUACAGCGUGCAAAUCGAUGAAGGGUCCAAGAGCAGACCAAGCGGUCGCCGAGAUGACGAGGUCUAG